AUGGCAGAGGAGGCGGCCGUGGUGGGUCUGUGCGGGAGCGAGAGCGUGAGCGCUCCGCAGCAGCAACUGGUGUUAUUUGAAGACGUCGCUGUGGACUUCACCUGGCAAGAGUGGCAGCACCUGGAUGUUGUUCAGCAGAACCUCUACAGAGAUGUGAUGCUGGAGAACUACAGCAGCCUGAUGUUCUUGGGGAACUGUAUGACCAAACCAGAUUUGAUCUUCAAGUUGGAGCAUGGAUUUGCACCAUGGACUGUAUUAGAAUGCUCAAUUCACAGGCUUCCAGAAUUGAAAACUCAACACAAAAUGCAGUGGCCAGAGACAGAUGAUUUUAAACAAUUCCAGAACACCAUUUACCAGAAGUUACAUCAGACAUGUUAUCAAGGAACAAACACAGGUGACAAGCUGCUUGAAUGUGGGACAAGUUUUAUCUCCAAGUCACACGUCACUAAUCAUCAGAGAACUCAAACAGCUUACAUCACCCAGUCACCUCUCACUGUGCAUCAUCAAGAACACACAGGUGAAAAGUCAUAUGGAUGCAUUGAAUAUGGGAAAGCUUUCAUCUCCAUGUCACAGCUCACAAGUCAUCAGAUAACUCACAUAGGUGAGAAGCCAUAUGAAUGUAUUGAAUGUGGAAAGGGCUUUAUCUGCAAGUCACAUGUCACUAAUCAUCAUAGAACUCACACAGUCUUCAUCCGCAAGUCACUUCUUACUAGACAUCAGAGAACUCACACAGGUAAGAAGCCAUAUGAAUGUACUCAUUGUGGGAAAGCAUUCUUCUACAAGUCAAGUCUCACUAAUCAUCAGAGAACUCACACAGCUGAGAAACCAAAUGAAUGUACUGAGUGUCAGAAAGCUUACAUCUCCAAGUCACACCUAAUGAAUCAUUGCAGUACUCAUACAGGUGAAGCACAAUAUAAAUGUACUGAAUGUAGGAAAGCCUACAUCACCAAUUCACAGCUCACUAUUAAUCAGAGAACUGACAAAGGUGGUAAACAAUAUAAAUGUAUUCAAUGUGGAAAUGGAUUCAUGCACAAGGCAGAACUCACAAGACAUCAGAGAAGUCACACGGGUGAGAAGCUAUACAAAUGUACUGAAUGUGGGAAAGCCUUCAUCAGCAAGUCGUAUCUUAUUAUGCACCAGAGAAGUCACACUGGUGACAAGCCAUAUGAAUGUACUGAAUGUGGGAAAGCCUUCAUCAGCAAGUCGCAUCUUAAUAGGCAUCAGAGACUUCACAUAGGUGAAAAGCCACAUGAAUGUACUGAGUGUCAGAAAGCUUACCUCUUCAGGUCAGACCUAAUUGUUCAUUGGAGAAUUCAUACAGAACACCCAGGUGAGAUUCCAUAUGAAUAUUGUAGUGUGGGAAGGUUUUCAUCUUCAAAUAACAGCAUACUAUGUAUCAGAGAAUUCACACUGGAAAGCAACCAUAUGAAUAUAAUGAAUGUGGAAACACAUUCAACUCCCUGUGAAUAUUAA